UGUCGAUAGUGCAAUAGAAGAUCAAAAAGUGUAGUUUUAGUUGCUCCAGAAGGACUUCGAGUAUUCGAAUACAUAUUAUUGUGAUCAAUUGGACUGUGAUGAUGGACAAGAGCAAGGUGACUAGCGCGAAACUGCAUCAUCGACGAGCCUUUUCACAUCGCAACUUUCACAAACAGCCAACGGACCUCGGAAACGACCCUCGGUCACGCGAAUAACGCGCCGAGAACACUGAAUUAUUCUCUGCUCCAAAGAAACAACAAAGAACAUGGACGAACCUACACUGGAUGCCGCGUCGCAAGUCGCAGAAACGGAGCCCACGCCCAUCACAAACGGAGCUGCAUCCACUGAGACAGCAGACGUGACAAUGGCAGACUCCACUGAUAUACCAGUCUCUACAGAGCCAGAAUCCCAAACAGCACCACUUCCAGAAGUUCAGCCCGAAGCGCAACCGGAAUCGCAACCAGCACCGACACCAACACCCGUGUCAGCACCCACACCCACGCCCGCGCCAGCAGCCCCUGUCUCGUCGCGCAAUUCCCCGCACCCUAGUGGGCCACAGCAAGCGCCCACGCAUCCCAUCCCGCACGGCAGCCCGACGCGCGUAUACCUAAACCAGCACGUCACACCGCACUUGCUCGAGGCGAUGAAGCACUUGGCAACAAACGAGCCGGAAAAGCCAUUGAAGUUCUUGAGCGAGUUCUUGGCUAUGAAGAGUGCUGAGAUCGAGGGGUGAGAUCUUUGGGAUUACAGCAGCUAGGACAGCGCAUGAUGAAAGGCACGUGUGCAAUACAAGAGCAGUGAAGAGAGCGGGCUGUCAUGGGUCGCAGUAUAAAUGCACCGCUAG